AUGAAUGCUGUGCGCUUCAAUUGGAUUAUGCGAGAUUUCAAAACAAAUCAAGUCUUGAAUACAGCCUCAAGUGUUUCUGUUUUGAUGAACAAAUUGACAAGAAGAUUAUCUAAAAUACCGGAAGAAGUCAGAAGGGAACUUGAGUCCUAUCUUGUAAAUUCCAGAAUUAUUAUAGAAGAUGAUCACAAAAAAAUACCUAAACUUGAUGAUACUACAGCAGAUUAUAUUUGUACUGGUUUAAGGCCACAAUGGAGUGAUAUAGAUGUAAAUUUUCAUGUUAAUAAUGCGAAGUACAUCAGUUGGAUUCUAGAGGGUAUUCCAGAAUCAAUCUUGAUGAAUUAUGAGUUAUCUUCCAUGAGUUUGAAAUUCAAGAGGGAGUGUAAGAUAGACAGCAAAUUACAAUCUCUAGCUGAAGUUUGCAGUGACAAUAAUAAUAGUAAUAAUAAUGUUGAGUACAAUCAUAUGGUUCGAUUUGAAAAUGGUGUUGAGAUUUUGAGGGGAAGGACUAAGUGGAGAUCCAAACUUACUCACAACUUUGACAUUUUUAAUCAUGUUCCAGAAGCUUCCAUUAAAGACUUGUAA